AUGCCUAUCCCCAUAGAUGUUGUUGAAAAAUGGGCACCCAGUAUCAAGUUUCACCCGAAUGAGAAAGCAUUCCCAUGUAGUAUUGAGUACAUGUUGCAGAACGGCAGUUUGAAUCAACAUACAUUUCGCCCAGCUCAGACUAUCUACGGCCAGAAGACCUCGACACCUGCACUUGCGUGCUUUCAAAAUCAGCUCGUCAUGGCGUAUACCGACGAGUUCAGCUCGCAACUAUGGUGCACACAAUCCCAGGAUGGCUGGAACUGGACCCAAGCUCAAAAGAUUCCUGGACAGCACACGUCUGUCCCUGCACUUACAGUUUUUGCGGGGCAGCUCUUCAUGGUUUAUAGUGAUGCCAACAGCAGUCAACUAUGGGUCACAAACUCCAUGGACGGUAUUCAUUGGAAUUCUGCACAGCAAAUUCCAGGUCAAGGGACUUCAAUCCCAGCAAUCGUCGAGUUCCAGAAUACCCUGUUCAUGGUUUACACCGACAGUAACAGCAGCCAACUCUGGAUGAGUCAGGCGACACAGAAUCCAGACGGCUCAUUGAAUUGGUCUUCCGCAAAACACAUCGAUGGGCAGUUUACCAGCAUUCCUGCAAUCACCGUCUUCCAGAACAAGGUCUUGAUGGUUUAUUCUGAUGCCAACAGCUCACAACUUUGGGUCAGCCAGUAUGACGGUACGAGCUGGAGCAAAGCUCAGACAAUCCCAGGCCAACACACUUCAGUACCGGCAUCGGGAGUCGUUGGAAGCUGGGCCGUCAUGGUAUACAGCGAUGCAAACAAUUCUCAAUUCUGGGCUACUCACUCUCAGGACGGUUACAACUGGCAGGAUACCAUCCAAAUUUCCGGGCAGUUUGGCUCCAUUCCAGCUGUUGCUGUCCUCAACGGAACUUACUGGAUGGUUUACUCUGACGCCAAGUCAGCUCAGCUCUGGGUGACCUCUACUGUUAACGGCGAUAUUGUCCCUCACGUCCCACUGGUUAACCCAACCCAGGCAGACCUCCGGAAUACUGCUCCUGACCCUGGCUGGUUUCUCGACGUCAACAAGUCUCAAUUCUCUGGCCAAACCGUUGGGGACGCCCCCAUGUACUUCGCAGUCCAGCGGAACCCGGACCAAGUCAAAAUCACCUAUGUCUUCCUCUAUGCCUGGCAAGGGGGAGUGACGCUCCGCGGCCGUCCGCUCGAUGAAGAUUAUUUUGACGCCAUGAUCUACGAUACAGGAACCCAUGUUGGCGACAUCGAACGCUUUUCCAUCUAUCUGAUUGAUAAUGGGGAUGGGACAUACACUUUCGAUCGAGCUGUAUUCGAGGCACACGGUGAUGCUUACGGGCCGUACACACGCAGUGAACUUAUGUGGGACACAACAGGACCAUCUCCGAACACUCAUCCAGUUGUCUCUGUCGGGCUCAAUGGACAUGGAGUCUGGAAUCCCAAGACAUCUAGCAAUCCGCAAGUCGUCCAAGCCGAGGGUGCGUGGGUAAGCAUCGGCGACUAUUUCGGAGACGUUAAUUCGUCGUCCUCGGACAGCGGCGCCUGGUGGCGGCCCUGGAUGCCAGGUGGAAAUUUCCUCCAGUUGGGACUGGACGCUACAGGCCUACCGAUAAACAACCAGUUGUGGGCAGCGUAUUGUGGUCGGAUGGGCCCGUCUGGCCCGACGACGAUGAGAGGCGCAACUUACUUGGAUGGCUCCGAAUUGAAUUUCAACGACCGGAAUCAAGUGGACUUCAUCUGGACAAUAGCUAGUACUUUUGGGUACAUCAGCUCUGAACUGAGGAAUGCGGAUGGUCCUGUGGGCCCUGGGUUGAGGGACUGGGUUCAUUCGAGCUUGUGACGAUGAUAGCGAUGUCAGACCUUCGAAAGUGCCAUUCGAUACCCCAAACAUCCUAUCCAGCAUAUCUGUAUCGGGCAUGUUUG